AUGGCGCCGCCGCAGCAAUGUGCAGAUCGCCGGCCUCCUCCUCUUGGCCUCCGUGGGCUUUCUAGGGUUGCUUUCCGGCCGAGAUCGCCGCCGCCCGGAGGUCUUCCUCCUCUUGGUCUCACUGGACGCUCUGGUGCUCCUUCCUUCUCCAUCGGCACGGCAGGUUUCGAGCGUCUUCCUCCUCCUACAACUUUGCCUCGAUGGCGCGUCGGCCUCACACGCCCAUCUCGCGCUCCGGCACCUAACGAGGCCGGUUCCUCGAACUGGAGUGCCUCCGUCGCCGAGGCCGGUACAGGCAGCGGAGGGUUCGUGGGGUUUCACCUCAUCAAUGGUAGCGGCAGGAUCUCGUUUGGCGGUGGCGGUGGCGGCGUGAUCUCGUUUGGCGGUGGCGGUGGCGGUGGCAGCGGGAUAUCGUUUGGCGGCGGCAGCGAGUCCCUGGACUUCACGUUCAGAACCGGCGCCGGUGCCAAUCGGAGUGAAGGAUCCUCCCAUGGUGGAAGCAGAGAAGUUCAUAAUGUAAACAUAAACAGUCAUUUUCAUGCACAUUUGUUUCUAAAAUCACAUGGUUACUAUGCUUCAUUUUCACAAGGUAUUGGUGGAAAUGAGGGUACCAUUGGCUACCGAGGGCCUGGAUACAACCCAAAUUUUUCCCAUGCCGACGAAUACCCUCCUAGUCAAGAGGCUGUUCAAACCCAAAGACAACCUAUUGAUUUGAAUGUUUUGUCGAACAAGGAGACAAGAAGACAGUACCGUAUCGAUGAUAGGCGUCACAUAUAUACUGAGAUCAUUGCCCGUAAUGGUACGGGUAAUAGGUUGAAGCAUGGAGUUUCUAAAGCUGUUGCACUAGCUUGUAAAUGUCCUAGGAGGAUAGUGCAAAGGGUAUGGCAGGAGGCUAAAAAAGGUGGCGGCAUUACUGGGGUAAAAAACAAUCGGAAGCUCAAAUCAGGAAGGAAGAAGACUAAUUUUGACUUAGAUGCAUUGGAGGCCAUCCCACCUGGAGAGAGAACAACAUUAGAACAAGUUGCUGGACAUAUGAACGUGUCAACUUCCACUGUUUGGCGGAAGUUGAAGAUGAAGGAAAUUAGACGAAUAACGAGUGAAUUGAAGCCUGCCUUGACUGCUGCAAAUGAAAGGGCUCGUGUGGAGUAUGCUCUAAAGCAUCUUGAGCCAUGUAGCCUAACGUCCCUAGGCGGUAUCAAACCCACAUUUAGGGCUGAUAUGGAUGUGGUUCAUAUAGAUGAGAAAUGGUUUCGCACGCGGAAGACCCAGAACAUGUAUUUGAGCCAUAGAGAGAAUGCACCACACCGGGAAUGUAAACAUAAAAACCACAUUCAAAAAAUUAUGUUCUUGUCCGCAAUGGCUAGACCGAGGUAUGAUGCUCAAGGCAAUUGUGUUUUUGAUGGCAAGAUUGGGGUUUGGGCUUACACAGAAAUGGUGCAAGCUCAAAAGAAGAGUCAAAACAGGUCCGCACUUGUUUUUGUUACUACUACUACUUUGUGCUAAAUUUUUAUGUGCACAUUAUUUACUUUGUUUCUAUAUCCAUAAGGUUGAGAGGGACAUGGGAGCUCAAGCCUUGCCAUACAGUGGACAGGGAGAAAAGUCGGGAAUACUUAGUGAAAUACGUACUGCCGGCUAUAAAGGAAAAGUGGCCUGAGAGCGAUAGAUGAAACACCAUCUACGUACAGCAAGACAAUGCUAGGACUCAUAUAAAACCAGAUGAUCCACUUUUUUUGCAGGAAGCUGCUAGGGGUGGUUGGGAUUUUAGGAUGAUAUACCAACCACCUAAUUCUCUCGACACAAACAUAUUAAUCUUGGUUGGUUUGCCUCAAUUCAAGCCAUGUUCCAUAGAAAGAUGCCCAAGACCCUAGCCGAGAUUGUCCAAAAGGUUAAUCAAUCCCUAGCUGAGUACCCCCAUCAAAAGCUCAACAGGAUCUGGUUGAGUCAUCAAGCGUGCAUGAGAGAGAUCAUCAAGCACAAAGGGUCUAUCCACUACGCAGUUCCUCACUUGAAGAAAAAAGCAUUAGAGAGACGAGGACUUCUCCCGGUUCGUUUGACGAUUGAUCUAGAAUAUGUUGAGCAAGCAAUUGAGUUCUUGAACUCAACAUGAUUUGUACUGCCUCAUGUGAUGGUGCUACUAUUCGAGUAUUAGUUUCAUUAAUUUUAUCAAAAAAUUUGUGGACUGUUUUGAA